AUGAUUGUCCUUUCAAAAUAUAAUGAAACUUCUCAGAACAACAGUCCUGGUGGUGUCCUGACUUAUACUUAUAGAUGGAAAAUAACCAACUGGAGUGAAGUUAGGCCUUUUAUGGAGCAUACUAGCCCCUCUUUUAAUGCUGAUGGUCUCGUAGAGACAACACCAGGAUGUCUUCAAGGCAUUCGUAAGAAAGUCAGUAUUAUUUUCGUAUUGGAAAAUUUGAGAACAAGAGGAAUGGAUUUUGGGAAGAAACAUUCUACUUGGGGAGAAGAAAAUCUUAUGUCUUUAGAUGAAAUGGAUAGUAAUGACACUGUUUCCCUUUGUGUCAAAUUUGAAAUUCAAGAAUCUAUCAUAGAUGCAUUACCCGAAAUUGUUAAUCCUUUUAAUAAGCUAGUUAACUCUCAAAAAUUUUCUGAUAUAACUUUCCGUGUAACUGAUGAUUAUGGACGGGAUAAAUUAUUUUAUGCUCAUAAAGGAAUUCUUGCUAGUUCAUCGCCAGUUUUCGAAGCCAUGUUGACAAAUGGAAUGAGAGAGACUUUUGAAGAUGAAAUUCACUUAAGUCAAACAAAUCAUUCAGCUUUUCUUUCUUUACUCACUUUUAUAUAUACUUUUAAAGUCAAUAACAUGUCAUUGGGCAGUGCUGAAAAUUUAUUGGCUUUGGCUGAUAAAUUUGCUAUUAUUCCUGUUCGUGAAGAAUGUUUACGUUAUUUCCGCUUGGAAAUGAAUACUGAUAAUGUAUGGGGAAUUUGGGCAAUUGCUGAAAAAUUUUCAUGUGCUAAAACCUCAACCGCGUGUCGGGAUUUUGUUGCUCUCAAUUUGGAUACUCUAUUGGAUAAGCAUUCCACACUUUGCGCAGAUCCAAACAUUCUCUGCCUCGCUCUCGAAAAUGAUGAAGCUAAUGUAACUUCUGAAGAAAAGAUUUAUGAACUUGUUGUUCGAUGGGCAAAUCAUUCAUUUAUCAAUGAUUCAUCCAGUAGACUAUCAACUGGAAAAAAUUCUUCCAAAAACAUAAAAGUUGAUACUUCCAAAAGCAUAAAAGUUGAUACUUUAUCAUCUACGUCACCCUCCUCAUCAUCUGCUUCCAUGCUUUCGGAACUUCCAAAAGGUGCCGGCGAUUCCAGUCAACUAGUUGAAAGCAAAGGAUCUUUUCCAAAACCUUGGAAAGGUGACAGAUUGGCGGCUCUUCCUUCUUUGCUGAAGUGUGUUCGAUUUCCGGUGAUGCAAAAACGUUAUAUUGUUGAAAAAGUUGAGGGAAAUGCAACAGUUAUGGCCGCUGAAAUAAUGAAAGAUCUUAUCAUUGAAGCUUAUCGAUUUCAUUUAAUGCCUGAUGUGUCUAUUCAUCCUACUAAUAGGACUAAACUUCGCAAAAAAAAGACAAAAAUUACUGAUUAA